GAGGCUUGAACGCCUUUCCGGCCAUCCGCUCCUCAAAAGACGGGAGAAGAGAAGCUCCGCGGUCGCGGACAGGUGUCGCGCCGGGGCCCGAGUAAGUACAUACGUAGUCGGCGCAAACAUCUUCGGCGUGCUAGAUGCGUUCGCUAGGUCAGCUCUCAUGUUUUUUCUUUUCCUUUUCCACAGCAGAGCGCCAACACGCCUUCCAAAGCCACCAACCAACCGACUCGAUCUUCCCUUUCUAUUUCUCUCCCCUUCACCCCCUUCUCCGUGAAAGCUCCCAUAACUCCGGGCGCCGAUCCACACGCUCGGACCACGCGUUUGCCAGCAUGGCGACCCCGAUGCGGUGGAUGGCGGAGACGAGGUGGGGCUGCCCGGUGACAGGGUCUGCAAAUUGGGAGGAGCGUUCGCUCAGACUGCGGUUACUAAGGGCACUGGUUUUGCGCGGCUGCUGUGUCAGCUCGUCUGUCGCGUUCGUGUGCGUGAGGGGGCGGUAUGUGGUUGGUAGGUUGGGUGUGACUUCAUACAAUGACGACUGACGAGGCAGCUUCUGUAGAUGUCAAGGAAAUAGAAUAUCACCAGAUCGGUAGAGUGUUGGAUCUCGACUUCCGCCCAGCCGACGACCGACAGCAUCUCCACAAUACACAAUACACAAUACCUACCCCAACCGUUCAAUGUUCGUGCUUCCGCUGCGUCAACACCGCACCAGCUGU